UUAGUUAUUCGUAUUUGUUCAAAGUAAUAUUUGGCUGGCACUGACCGGCCGUUAAAUAUUUGCUCAAGAUUAUCUACUGUGAGAAAAAGAAACAAAAUGCGAAAGAUUGGAAGUACAGGGAGAGGGUUUAUCCCACGCCAAUUACCUAAUGACCUAAGGGAGAAGACUACCUAUGACGUCGUCGAAUCUGACGGAAGAGUUGCUAGCGGGCUACAGGAAGAAUCACCAGAUCAUGUAUGGGCGUACAUUCUCUCUGGUAAUUACUGGAAAGAAGAUUACAGGUUGGCCACAUUCUUGAAAUAUCCGCCGGAGACUCCGGUUAAGGUAUGGGACUUGGCACGUUGUGGAUUCUACUACACGGGAUUCAGAGAUCGAGUGACAUGCUAUUGUUGUGGAAAUAAGGUAGAGAAUUGGGUUGUCAUGGACGAUCCAUGUAGCACGUUAUGGCACCUAAGCGAUUGCAAGAUGGCCCUUGGACAACUGUGUGACAACGUCGUUCUUCAAAACAAAUCUCGUCAGACACUAAUGGAGUUAAAUAAGCUGUUCAAGCCUAAACAAAACCAGUUGCAAUCAUUUGAGAAUCACCAACUUGAAGAAGAAUUACAACGCUUGCCAAGGAAUGCCAUCAGAGAAGAUUUGAGCGAUCUGGGGAACACACCCCUAACUCCUACAAAUGUUGCAAACUCGGGAAAAGACGAAGACUUGGCCACGGAGAAAGAGACUGCCAGCAUUCGUGGGAAUGAUGAAAGCAACGAAGCUGGAGGGGAUCCAUCAGUGAAUCACCGUUCGUCUACUGGUGCACCGUCCAAUAGAAUACGCACUGGAGACGAUUUGGAUGAGAAAGUCCCGCGAAAAAGACAUCGAUCUGGAACGACAGAUGGCAGUGCAACAGGUACAUCGCAGAAAAGCGAAAGAGUGUGCCCAAAGUGUAAGAAGAACUACAAACCUGACGCUGUUCUAGAUUGCGGGCAUUUUCCGUGUUGUACAGGUUGCAAUGAUUCUUCAGCUCAGUGCCCUGAUUGGGGCAAAACCAGUGAGGACAACGUUUAAUGAAAUUAACUAACGUCUUGAAAAACUGAUUAUGAUAUAUAUAGGAAUGCUUAGUUUGUAUAAUUUUGAAAUAUAUCUUAAUGUAGCGUUUUAUUUUAAACAGAAUCAUUAGGAAUGUAUAUAAUAUAUACAUGCAUUUGUUAUGUAAUUAAUAUGGUUAGGGCAAAUCAGUUUUUAAUGCAAAUUCGAUUAUUUACGUUAAUGUGUAAAGAAAAAUAUUUUGGUAUGCGAUCACAGUGGUUUUGUGAGCUUAGUGAUUUUAGUAUUAACCCAACGAUGUCAGAGUUGGGAUUAGGAACUGAAUUCUAGGAUGAUGUCGUUUUGAUAUUGAAAUAGAAGUAGUUUUAUGACUCUGAGAUCGCAUACAAUAGUGUCAAAGUUUAAUGUUUAGUAGUUUUUUUUCUCAACUGUUUGAGCAUAAAAGUGUAAUCACAAUAAAUAUAAAUCUGUUUUGUUGUUU